AUGCCGCCUCCUAACUCACACGGCACGGCACUCUCUCUAGCGACCGCCGCACCUGGCUCUCCACACCAAUCGUCGAUUUCUGCGCUUGCCCCUGUGGAGACCGAUAACGCGCACGAUGACAACGUGAACUUCCUGCGAUCGCGACCAGCCCUCUUCAAUCCGCUAUUACCUUCUUUGAGCCGACAGCGUCGCCGUCGUUACCCGGUCAAUCCGCCACCGGAAAACGAAGAUCGCAUGGAGGUGGAUGAUCCCACAAACCCGCGCACAUCCGUUGAACUCAACCGUCGCAUCCCGAUUGUCCGUCGCCAGGAGAGACCAACCGACAUGCCAAACUACGAGGGCCAAGUACCCAACUCACGAUCGUUGUAUGGAUGGGCACCCGGGUCUGAUGAUGAGGAUGGUGCUGCGCGCGAUGAGUCGGAAGAUGAUCAGAUGCAGCCCUUCCUACUUUCCUCAAGCCGCGAUGCACCCCCCGCACGACCUCCACGCAAUGAGAUCCCAGUCCCCGCGCAACGGAUACCCCAUGAUUAUGCCACAUUAGUGGGCAUUAAUCAAUCUCGAACAUCGAUCUCCGCAGUGGCGGCACUGAUACAAUCUGCAAGGCGUCAGCCUCGUCUUUCAAGAAGCCGCACACUAGAGAAUUACAUCAUCGAUCGCUAUUCAGAUAUCACCACUGCAGAAGAGGACACUGGAAAUACAAUAGCGGUUGCACCUCGGGGAUACCGCUAUCGACCUACGGUGCGCGGCGACUCACAUCACACCGGCAUCACCCAUAACGACCUGCGCGCUCGGGCUGCCGCUCAUCGCCAGCUACACCCUGACACAUAUCUGAGCAACGUGCUGGGGGAAACAAUCCAAUAUCUCGAUCGCGUUCGGUAUUCAAACUCCCUUGAAGAUAGUAUGUAUGUCUUAGCGGAAAGUCAGCUGUCCUUCUCGAUGGAUAGCAAGUCUUGGAGAGAUACAGACUUCAUUCUAUACACUCCUAACAUUAAACCACCUGCGGCAUGCUCGUGGCUUCGAUCUGGAAUGGCUUUUUCGGGCUGUCAACGAGCUGCCAGUGCCGGGUUCUCAGUGAUAUCGCGACAUGUUCCCAGUCCGAAUGCUGCCAGUGAGCCUGUUAUUGUAAAUGGAAGUGAUAGCACCCGAAUCAGCGUUUCUACCAGAAGUGGCCUCCGAUACUCAGCCAACAACCGCGAUGAAAAUUGGCCUGUCAAGGUCACGAUACACCAAAUCAACCCUGAGGAAAUGACUUUAUCUGGCACUAUGGAGGCUUACAACAUCCCUGACAAGACGUCGCCCACCCACGAUGCACAUAUUGUGACUUUCUUGGAGGGUGAGAUCAUCGAUUUCAACAAUCACACGCUGGAGACAAAGAACUUCAAAGCAGAUACAGACAUUGAUAGCACAUACUGGCGUGAACUACAACCGUUUAAGGAUCUGACAGACACUGAAAUGGCUCAGAAACUUGUGAGUCGGAAGUGGAUUACAGAGGAAUUGUCCAAGGGUUGGAUUUUAAUGAGAUGGAAGGGCAAGUAG